GGUAUUCCAUGACCGAAUCCUACGCCAGCCAGCUUUAAUUCACGCAGCAAGGGAUUACUCUAUUGUCUUGUCGCAUCUGAGAUCUACAGUGCUCUAUAUUGAAAAUAGCCAUCCUUUUGUGGGCGCGGCAAUUUGGUCGUUCUCGCCUUGGAACAUCCACCACUAGUACCCCUCCAACCCAGUCGGCGGCAGAAUUGAAGCAGUAUGGGCCGCGAAGAUCAGAUUGAAGAGCGAGAAGUGCUCGAUUCCAUUUUCCCAGAGGAAAUUACAGAUUUAUCGGAUACCUCCUACAGGAUAUCAAUCGUCCUCGACGCGCCGGAAGAUGACGUCGAAGAAGCUGAACAGCCGGUUUUACUCCUGCAGGUCUCGUAUCCUGCAGAUUAUCCCGAUGUUGCUCCGGAGCUCGAACUAUCCGCUCCUCCAAACGCUCCCAAACACCCUCGGCUAGAUGUCCAGGAAGAUCGGGACCGGCUUCUCGAAUCUUUACAGCCUACUAUUGAGGAGAACAUGGGGAUGGCCAUGGUUUUCACUCUCGUCAGUGCUCUCAAGGAGAAUGCUGAGCAAUUAAUGGCUGAGCGGGUGAAUGCUGUCCAUGCGCAGAAAGAGAUGGAAGCCGCUAAGGCUGAAGAAGAGGAGAAUCGAAAGUUCCAGGGUACAGCCGUGACCAGAGAGACAUUCCUAGAGUGGCUAGAGAAAUUUAAGGCGGAGAUGGAGGAAGAGGAGAAGAGGCAACGAGAAGAGAAAGAAGCAGAGGAUAAGAAAGCCAAUAAGAAGAUUCCGGCUAAAGAGGAAAAGAAGAUGACCGGGAGACAACUAUGGGAGCGAGGCUUGGCUGGCAAGGCAGACCUUGAUGAGGAAGGCGAAGAUGCUUUGCCUGCUGUUGAGAAGCUGAAGAUUGCUGCAUAGCGUAUCGCUAUCUUGAUGACUUCCCCUGCUAUGAGUCCUUCAAUCUUAUAAUCUAGCGUCAUGCAAUAGAUGAAGUUUUGUAAAUACCACUACCCUGACUACAGCAGCUGGCGUACAUCCACGAA